CCCCAUGGAGACGGGACCCCAGCCGGGUACACCCCCGUGCUCCCCUCCAUCCCACCCGCCCGCGGUGGAGGAUGACUUCCAGUUCGUCCUCUGCGAGGGCUGCCGGCAGGAAUCGCCCAACCUCAAGCUCCUCACCUGCCUCCACACCUUGUGCCUCGAUUGCUUGAGCGAGAACAAGCCCAUCGGGCAGUGCCCCGUGUGCCGGACGGCCAUCCCGCAGGCCAGCGGCAUCUCCGACAUGGACAACCUCCUCUUCACCAACCUGCAGGCCAGGCUCAGCAUCUACAAGAAGAUCAGCAACAGCAGUGGCCCGAGCUGCAGCCGGUGCCGGGGGGAAGCGGCGGCGGUGUGGUGCUCCGAGUGCGAGGAGUUCCUCUGCAGCAAGUGCUUUGAGGAUCACCAGUGGUUCUUCAAGAAGAGGAACCACGAGGCCAGGAGGGUGGAGGACCUUUGCGCGGAGUCAGCCCAUCGGUUCCUGGAAGACACCAGCAAGUCCUGCAACCUCUUUUGCUCCAGCCCCUGUCACGCCGACAAGAGCCACGUCUCCAGCAUCUACUGCAAGAAGUGCCAGAAGCCGCUCUGCUGCUCGUGCGCGCUGCUGGACAGCCAGCAUGCCCCCUUCUGCGACAUCCGCAGCGAGGCGCAGCGCAGGCAGGAGGAGCUGGGCACCAUGAGCCAGGAGCUGAAGGAGAAGAGAAGCGGCUUCGAGGCCACCUACGCGGCGCUGCAGGAGGAGGCCGCCCGGCUGGAGCGGGCGCAGCGGGAGAUGCGGGAGCUGAUCCGGCAGCGCGUGGAGCAGCUGGUGCGGCUGAUCCGGCGGGAGGAAGAGGAGCUGCUGGGGCUGGUGGAGGAGCGGCAGGAGCAGGGCCGGCGGGAGCUGGCGAGGGAGCUGCAGCGCGUGGAGGGAGUGCUGCGGCGGAUGGAGGCGGGCGAGCGGCUGGUGGAGAAGAUGAGCCUCUACGCCACGGAGCAGGAGGUGAUGGACAUGCAGCCCUUCAUCAAGGACUCGCUGGAGAAGCUGCAGCGGCUGCAGCCGGUGGUGGCCGGGGACCGAGCGCAGCCCGGGGACUUGGCCGAGUGCCGAGCCAGGCUGCAGGCGCUGGUGGAGCGCGUCACGGGGCGCCCAGGUUUUUCCCGGCUCAGCUGCUGCCGGGGCUGGAUGGGAGCUCCGGAGGCUCCGAUUUGGGAUUGCAGCCCUGCUUUCUCCGUUGCAGGUCCCAAUUCCCAAGCUCUCCCCGUGGUGGAAGUGGCCCUGGAGAAUGACCUGCAAGAGGAGCCGGUCCAGCCUGAGAGCCAGAGCAUCAUGCCCACCAUCACCAUCAGCCUUGAGGAGAUGCACACGAGCCCGGCUCUCCCCGUCACCGUGUGGCCCAAGCGGAGGUUGCACUGCAUGGAAAGGGGCAGCCAGAUCUCGCCCAAGCUACCGAAGCUGGAGUGUGACAACAGAUCGGACCCCAGUGAUCCCAGUUCAAACCAGUGGGAUGGCGGAAGGGGGCCCAGCACCUCCGUGUCGAACCAGAACUGCAGCAACAUCCCUGCUGCCAGCAGCCACGCUGACGAUGCAGAAGACACCAGCAUCAUCAUCUGCAGCUCGGAGGACAGCGAGGAAGACACGGCGGCUUCCAGCAAGCCGAAGGACAGCAAGAAGCCCUCCAGCCUCAUGUGGUCCGGGAGCGGGAUCUCACCCCACUGCAGGACCAGCCCCGCCAGCCCCUCGGAUGACGGGUCGGAGCUGAGCACCUUUGUGUUCCUCAGCUUGAAGGUUGAUCGGAGAACCCAGCACAUCACGGAGGUGGCAGCGGCCAACGGAGGGCACACCUUCAAGACGCUGAUUCAGACACCUGAGUCGGUGCUGGCGCUGCUCUCCCAGGGUGCCCCCAUGGAGGUGGGGAUGCAGAACCUCCUCUGGUACCUCUCCUUGCUCCCCAGGCCCAUCCUCAUCGUCUAUAACUUCUGGGCACCGGAGCUGCCCGCUCUCUUUAAAGCCUUGGAUGCUACGGGCAGGAAAAUGGACUUCUGCCACAUUGUGGGUGGUUACGUGGAUAUGUUGUCCUUGAUCAAAGAAAAGCUACCCAAGGCCCCUUCCUACAAGCUGAAGAACCUGCUGAGAAAGCACCUGCAGCAGCAGCUCAACGAGGGCAGCGCCUUGGCCGAGGCCAAGGCCUUGCAGGAUCUUUGGGGAGCCCUGGAGCUCCCUCCCUACGCCGACACGGGGAUGAGGCUCACCCACUGCAACCUGCAGAGCUACAUCCUCCUGUGGCCCCUGGUGCAGGAGAAGCUGCUCACCAAGAAAGCAGCCAAGAUCCUGGCCCGGCGCAAGCUCAUCCUCUGGGAGCUGGAAGAGGUGUGAGCGCAACCGGGGGGU